CCCUCUCCCCACUCCGCUCAUCCCCUUGGCGCUCCAAACCCUAGCUCCAAUCCGCACAAAACCUCCAAAAUUCCCACAAAUUUUCGUCCCAGACCCCUCGCGGUUGCUCCCUAAGGGUGGUGAUGCUAUGAUGCACAUGCUGGUGGCCUCGGAUGGGGGCGGGGGAGAGAUGCAUCCGUACGCGGCCGUGCCGGCGGAGCAGGAGCUGGAGCUCCACCGCGACAACGCCGACGACAGCCUCGACGGCCACGUCCGGUGCCUGCGGUGUGGUAUAUCCGGUAACGCGACGCCCCAUAUGCGGCGUGGUCCCGAUGGCCCAAGAACUCUUUGCAACGCAUGCGGCAUUGCUUACAGGAAGGGGAAAAUGAGAAGAAUGAUAGAAGCUGAACCACCUAUAGAUGAGGCUUCGCUUGCUAAGCUGGUUCCUGAGGUGGACAUGGAAUUUGAUAGCGAGGAAAAAUCAUAUGAAUUCUACAACAAAUAUGCUGGGCAUAUUGGUUUUAGUGUUCGAAAAAGCACAUCACAUAAAUCUUCUGAAAAUAUUACCAAAGUAAGGACAUUUGUGUGCUCAAGAGAGGGUUACAACAGGGAUAAGAAGUCAUUGGAAGCCAAGAAGCCAAGGUUAGAUACAAGAAUCGGCUGUCCAGCACGGUUGAUUAUUAAAGUAACACCAGAGUGUAAAUAUAGAGUCACUGAUUUUAAAGCAGAGCACAAUCAUCAGCUGGCCCCUCCUUCGACGAUGCAUAUGCUAAGGUCACAGAGGAUAUUGACUGAACUUCAGUCUGGGGAAACAGAACUGUCAGAUGAUUCUGUAGUGACACCAACUACAAAAGCGACUGGUGAUCUUGUUGUGAGACAAGUUGGUUUCCUUCGAAAUAUUUCUCUCCUCCCAGCAGAUUACAAGAACUAUCUCCAUUCAAAGCGCAUGAAGGCGAUGCAACCUGGCGAUGGUGGGGCCAUAUUGAAAUAUUUGCAGACUAUGCAAAUGGAUAACCCCUCGUUCUUUUAUACCAUGCAGAUUGAUGAGGAUGACAAGCUAACCAACUUCUUUUGGGCAGAUCCAAAAUCUAGAGAUGACUUCAACUACUUCAGCGAUGUGCUCUGUCUAGACACAACAUACAAGAUAAAUGGAUAUGGCAGGCCAUUGGCAUUAUUCCUUGGCGUGAAUCAUCACAGGCAAACAAUUAUUUUUGGUGCAGCUUUGCUUUAUGAUGAAUCAUUUGAGUCGUUUAAGUGGCUGUUUGAGAGUUUUAAGAUCGCCAUGCAUGGGAAACAGCCAGCGGUAGCUUUAAUAGAUCAAUCUAUUCAGUUGAGUAGUGCAAUGGCUGCAGCCUGGCCAAAUACUACUCAGCAAGUUUGUGCUUGGCAGGUAUAUCAGAAUUCUGUAAAGCACCUGAAUCAAGUUUUCCAAGGUUCAAAGACAUUUGCAAAGGAUUUUAGCAAAUGUGUCUUCGGCUAUGAGGAAGAGGAAGAAUUUGUGUUUGCAUGGAGAAGUAUGCUAGAGAAGCAUGAUCUUAGGCAUAAUGAGUGGCUGGCUAAACUAUUUGACGAGAGGGGAAGAUGGGCAUUGGCAUAUGAUAGACAUAUAUUUUGUGCUGACAUAAUAAGCUCACUUCAAGCUGAGAGUUUCAGCAGUGUUUUGAAGAAAUUCUUGAGCCCUCAACUAGAUCUGCUCUCCUUCUUCAAACACUAUGAAAGAGCAGUAGAUGAACAUCGUUACGCUGAGCUCCAAGCUGAUUUCCAAGCUAGCCAAAGUUAUCCAAGAAUACCCCCAGCCAAGAUGUUAAAGCAAACAUCCCAUACAUAUACACCAGUGGUGUUUGAGAUCUUUCGAAAAGAGUUUGAACUGUUCAUGGACUCUGUGUUAUUCAGUUGUGGAGAGAAUGGGACAACCUCUGAGUACAAAGUCGCUCCCUCUGAGAAACCCAAGGAACACUAUGUUAGAUUUGACUCAAGCGAUAACUCUUGUAUGUGCACUUGUAGGAAGUUUGAGCAUAUGGGUAUUCCAUGUUGUCACAUGUUGAAGGUGUUUGAUUACAGAAAUAUCAAAGAGUUGCCUCAGAGAUACAUGUUGAAGCGAUGGAGAAGGACUGCCAAGUCUACAGAUGAAGACCACCAAGGCCAUGCAGCAAAUGACAACAGGUUGUCAUUAAACGUCUCUGUACCUUCUGCAAAUAACCACCAUGGACUCCAAAGCAUCAAUGCAAGGAUUCAAGACACAUCUCUUUCUAGUAUGCAUGAGAACCCAUUUCAUAGAAGCUCAUAAUGAAGGUCGCUUCACUCUGAAGAUUUAUGCUUCCACCAUGUGUACCUUUUUUUUGGAGUAAACUGUGGGCCACCAUGUGUACCUUGACAGACGUCAUAAUAUUGACGGUUGAAGCAGUGAAUAGGGCAGGUGGGACCAUGGGAGCCCCGGGAAUAAGUUUCAGAACUUGUAAAUUAUGCAGCCAUAGGAAAUUUGAGCUGUUGAGGCGCCCAUUUUAGCAUAGUCUAGAUGCUGAUACAACUCCGUGCUUGUAUUGCACUGGAAAUGAUUCAGAUUUUUUUUUGUAUUCAUCCAAACCCAUUCGUUCCAAGUGAAAGAAAAUCAAUUUACCAACCAAGCUUACUGCGUGCCCCAGAAAGGUGCAUAAACAGAGACUGUUUCUGUGCCUGUACAGCUGAAACUUGUGCAGACAUCCUGACCAUUCUGUGGACAGCAAGUAGACCCACUCAUGAUGACGGAAGGGCUUCAGUUAGAUUCAGAUCUGCUGUUUCACCCUGCGGGUGAGCUGAACAGCUCAUGCAUUGAAACGUUUGAAGCAAGACAAACCAGCUUGGCGGUCGAUCUCAGACGGAGGGAGCUGGCGUUGACGGCUUGACGCUCCAGUGCUAGUCAGGUAGUGUACCAUCUUGUUUCACCCCUCGUGAUCUCCUGUCUAUACGCAGAACUGCAUAAUGCAAUCAAGCUCAAGCAUGAUACCGUCUUUAAUCACAUUAUUAUGGGUGUUAGUUUGAAACGCGUUAUCUUUGUUGGGGAAUGGCGCGUGUCUUCUUGGAGUACUGAUGGAGAUUAUUUCUUGUUCUUGUUUCUUCCAUUUGUGCAACAAUUAUGUGCUGCAGGACUGUCAUUUAAUCGGGAUGAAGAACCACCCCAUCGUUUAUAUUA